AGCAGCAGUAAAAGCUGCAGGUAUUCACAUAAUCAGCUGAUCUCCCCGAAGACUUGGACCUUUCAGUCGACUGCAGAAGACAAAAGUGGGAUAUUUCCUUUCAUGGAACAUUAUGGAGUUUUCUGGCACGUUGGUUUUAGCGGGGCUAACCUUUAUUUUGCUUUGGCUGUUUAGCCAGAAGAAUCGUAGACAGUUUCGUUUACCUCCAGGACCCUCUAGCCUGCCUAUCAUAGGAAACCUGCACCAGCUGGACAAAAGAGCUCCAUUUAAAACUCUGGUAAAGCUCAGUGAAAGCUACGGCCCUGUGAUAACCGUGUACCUGGGCCGUCAGCGAGCUGUUGUUUUGGUAGGAUACGAUGCUGUAAAGGAAGCGCUAGUGGAUCAAGCGGAUGACUUCACUGGCAGAGGGCCUGUUCCUCUUAUUAUGAAAGCUACCAAAGGCUAUGGUUUGGGGAUCAGUAAUGGAGAACGCUGGCGGCAGUUGAGACGUUUCACCCUGACAACGCUGAGAGACUUUGGGAUGGGACGUAAGAGGAUGGAGGAGUGGAUCCAGGAAGAGAGCAAACAUCUGGUGGCCCGCAUCAAUAAUACCAAAGCCUCACCUUUUAAUCCCACGUACUUCAUGAGCUGCACCGUGUCCAAUGUGAUCUACUGCUUAGUGUUCGGUCAACGCUUAAGCUAUGAUGACGACAACUUCCUCAACCUGCUGCAGAUAAUCUCAGAAGUCCUGAGAUUCGGCAGCAGUGCCAGGGGUCAGUUGUAUAACGUCUUCCCUGGGUUGAUGGAACGGCUGCCAGGUCAACACCACAAAAUGUUUGCCAAAAUUGAAGAGGUGAGAGAAUAUAUUAUGAAAAAGAUCCAGGAGCACCAGGACACGUUGGACCCCAACUCCCCCAGAGAUUACAUCGACUGUUUCCUCACCAGACUAAAUCAGGAAAGGCACAUUCCCACAACAGAGUUCCACUAUGACAACCUGGUGUCAACAGUGUUGAAUCUGUACCUGGCAGGAACAGAAACCACCAGCUCCACUAUCAGAUUUGCAUUAAGUGUUCUGAUCAAAUAUCCCAAAAUACAAGAGAAUAUUCAGCAGGAGAUUGACACUGUGAUUGGACAGCGUUGUCCUUGUAUGGAGGACAGGAAGUCCCUUUCGUUCACAGAUGCAGUCAUCCAUGAAAUUCAGCGUCUGAUGGAUAUCGUCCCCAUGAGUGUCCCUCACUACGCACUACGUGACAUCUCUUUCAGGGGUUACACGAUUCCCAAGGAUACAAUAAUUAUUCCCUUGUUACACUCUGUGCUGAAAGAGGAAAAGCACUGGGCGACUCCCUGGUCCUUCAACCCUCAGCACUUCUUGGACCAGAAUGGCAACUUCAAGAAAAAUCCAGCAUUUCUGCCAUUUUCUGCAGGAAAGAGAUCUUGUGUCGGAGAGUCGCUCGCUCGCAUGGAGAUUUUCCUCUUCAUGGUGUCACUUCUGCAGCGCUUCACCUUCUCUUGCCCCGGAGGACCUGACAGCAUCGACCUCAGUCCUGAGUUUAGCGGCUUUGCCAACGUGCCUCGCAGGUACGACAUCAUCGCCACGCCACGGCAGUCAUGAUAUUUCACAGCAUAUACCGGUGUUUUCAACCCAUAUUUCUCCUCCGAAUACAUUUUUCACAGGGACAAAAAGGAGCACACGUUGGCACAUAACUUUAAAAUGUAGAAACCAAAUGGCUAUAAUAUAGUUAGUUUAUCAGCAUAUCGAUGGUCAAAGAGCAAAACCUCCUAUCUGAAAAAUGCACUUUUUUGAGAAAACUAAAAAUUCUUGCAGAAUGCUAUUUGUUAA